CUUGAGUGCAUUCACCAAUUGUUUGAAAUAUAGGGUAUUUGAAAGUUUUGCUUAGAGGUAUUUUGAGUGUUCUCUUAUCUUUUUCGUUAAACUGGUAAAUAAAAUCAGCAUGUUAGUUUCUCCUAAAUCACCCCCCACAAAAUUUCGUUAUUUAGUUUGUCACACGGUCUUCUGGUUCUGUAAAGUUUUUCUCUGGAUAUCCUCAUUAUAAUUAUAGAAAGUCAUAGAGGCUAGCAAUUUAAAGAUGGAAAAUGGGAAGGAAGAAAUAAAUGGAUGGAUUUAACUGCUCGGAUCAACCACAGCCAUGAGGCCAUCAGACCUCAGCUAGGGUUGUUUUUGUGUGUGGGAACAGAUGAGAAAAAUGUUUGCUUGCUUAGUUUAAUAUCUGCAAAAGCAGUGCAGUUGGUUGAGCAACACAUCCCAUGCUUUUAUGCUACACGGAGUGCUCAAAGUUCACAGGAUGUGCAGUCCAUUAGACCAAAAGUACCAGCUGAUACAAAAGCACUUUUGCCACAGAACAGGGAUGCAAAACUACAUUCUACAGUAACUAGGACAGGCGAGCAAAUCUUCAAAGUCAAGAUAAAGAAUGAACCAGUCCAAUCAAUACAACCAGUCCAUGAAUUUUAUGAUGGCGAAGAAAUAGUCAGGGUGAUCAAGCAAGAGGAGUCAGAUUCAGAAUCUCUUCCCAGCUACAAAAGUAAUGACAUAGGAAUUGGUAUAAAGGAAGAAGCUGAUGGUUUUAAUCCUUUGGGUGAUGAGACAGACAUGAAGGCCACAAGUUACUUUCCUAAAAUAUGUUCCACCUCAUCUAGACACCUGCAAGAAACAGAUCCAGAACUGGCAAGACCAACAUGUAACAGGAUUACAAAGUUGAAAGAAGAAUACAUUCUCCCUGCUUGCGAUGCUGGACAGAUUUAGGGAGACUGAUCAAGGGAAACAUGCCGAGAAUGCUGAAGUAGCUGAAAACACAGACUAACAGACCAGCAGAGCAGUUGAAAUAUCUGCAAGGAUGCUAUCACAAUCAUGUUAUGAAUAAAUAAAACACUGCCAGGAA